AUGUUAAGAAAACAUCUCACAAAAUCAUAUCACCUGCAUCACAUUACCUACAAAAACCUAAAAAAACUGUCGCCACCCUUGAAACUACUCGACAUCAUCUUAUCUCAAUCACCACAACCAAGCUCUGUUAACAAAAACCCUAAUUCAAUCCCAAAUUUCAAACCUUCUUCACUCUUCCACUCUUCUUCUACCUCAUUCGUUUCAUUGGAGGUUGAACCAGAGAAUCUCCAGAUUCCCGAAACCAUUCUCUACACCACUCUCACUCCACUUCCUCUCGCCGCCCACGAAUACCUAGAUUCCGACAACCACGGACAAUACUAUGUUUUCCAUAACAAAAUCUCCCUCGACACGCCUCAAGUUAAAUCCGUUCAUUCCACCGCCCAAGAUUUCUUCUCCCUCGAUGUCGCUGAAGAAGCCGAAGACAAAGACACCCUUCUCGAGCCUAAGACACCAGCGCUUGGGCCCGAUCCGACGCUAAAGUGUGGUUGGUUUCGUGGGAAUUAUGAAUUCAGAAGCUCCGUGCUUCAGGUUCAUAAAGAGAUAGUGGAUUUUUGUGAAUUUUCGUCACCUACUCUGGAAGAGAAAAUGAAACGAGACUCAACAAUAGAAUCUGAGUUUGAAGUUAUUAAUCAUAUAUGGCCUCAUUGUCAAGUUGAAGUUUUUGGGUCUUUUAGGACAGUGUUGUAUCUUUCUAUUAGUGAUAUUGAUGUUGUGAUUCUAAAAUCAGGUUUAGUCAUUUUAUUUCCUAGUUGUGAUAUCGUUUUUGAGCGUAUGGGAUUUUUAAACAAUAGGUUUCUCCUUGUGCAAUCGAUUCAAUCAUUGUAUCAAUCUCGCUGCUGCCACUUGAACCAACUCACCAUUUGUUUGAUGAAAUGGCGAAAUGAGACACUACCAGAUUCUUCAUUGCAGAGGUGUUGUGCAUCAUCUCCAUGA